AGUCAAAGUCAAAAAAUGCGAAACGCAAAGUCAAUUGCAGUUUCGACUUUCUAGAGUUUAUUUUCUGAAUCACAAUGAUAUUUAAGUUCUUUUUUGGGUAAUAUUUUAUUAAUUGAACUGUCGAAUUAUCAUGUCUGGCAGAGUAUUAUAAUAGAUUUUUGAGAAGAAUACGAAUAAACGUUUAUAUUUAUCAGAAUAUUAUCAGUUUCUCUUAUCUAUUUAAUUAGAUCGAUAUUCAUGUGAAUUUAUUUUCUCUGGCAUUGAAUAGUAGAGUGAGCCAAAUAUUUCUAGUGGUAUUGGUGAAAAAAUUUGCAGAUAUAAUGGGGGAGAAAGUGGAUAAAUUUCUCCUUUUGAUGUGGAAAAACUGGAUUCUACAAUAUAGAAAACCGAUUCAAACUGCAAUAGAAAUUUUGACACCAGUGAUAUUUUCUAUUCUUCUAGUUCUUAUAAGAAGCUUAUCGACACCAAAACUUGAACACGAAAGAAUAUAUGAUCCUUUUUGUACAUUUUCUACCGCCCUUUCGGAUUUUUCUAUCGAUGGUUGUGCAAAUCCCGAUGGUAAUGAUGCUACGUAUGCGGGUUUAUUGGAUUCGAUUGGAUCUGAACCUGGUCCAAACUUAACGAUAAUUUACACACCAGUAAAUAGUAGUUUUGAUCAAGCUAUGAACUAUCUGAACUUUACUUCCUUAAUCGAAGUAAUAGGCGUGGAAACAAGUCAGGAACUUGAAGAAGCUGCCUUAAGCCAAACGUCGUCGUACUUUGGUAUUGAAUUCGAAGGUGAUCUCGACGAUCCGAAAGUAGCAAUAAGAUUUCCAGGCGAAACUACUUUCCAGUUAGAUUCUAUAGGUUUCAAGAAUUGGAAGACAAACUUAGUUUAUCCCAUAUUUCAAAGUGCAGGUCCUAGGUCGCCUGAUAACAAUACUGGUUCGGUUCCAAAUUACAACGCUGAGGGAUUUUCAUUCAUUCAACAUCUAGUAACUAUCACUUUAAUUCUUGCUAAGGAAAAUGUUUCCUCGGACAAUGCCAUUGAGUAUCUUUCAGAAAAUCUAUUACCAAUAAUAUAUAUGAGGCGAUUUCCAGUAGCUUCUUGGUAUUCGGAUCUUCUUAUACAGGCAUUGUCUACUUUACUUGGAAUGAUAGUUAUGCUUAGUUUCGUAUAUACCUGUAUAAAUACUGUUAAAAUGAUAACAGCGGAAAAAGAGAAACAACUAAAAGAAUCGAUGAAAAUAAUGGGUCUUCCAAAUUGGUUACAUUGGUUGGCGUGGUUCAUAAAAUGUUUCGUAUUUCUUUUAAUAUCAGUGGUUCUUAUGGUAAUUCUUCUCAAAGUUAGAUGGUAUCAAAAUACAGAGUUUACGGUAUUUACACACGCGGAUGCAUCAGUGCUUCUUGUAUUUUUAUUGUUGUAUGCAUGCUCUACCAUAACAUUUUGUUUUGCAAUAAGUGUGUUUUUUUCCAAAGCAAACACAGCAGCAACCCUGUCAGGAUUAAUCUGGUUUUUGACAUUUGCUCCUUAUGCUUUCAUGCAGAAUAAUUACAGUGAAACUAAGUUUUGGAAUAAAUUAUUACCCUGUUUGUUAACUAAUACGGGAAUGGGCUUUGGUUUCCAGAUAGUUAUAAUGUAUGAAGGUACAGGAGAUGGAAUCCAAUGGAGUAAUUUGUUCAAACCAAACACACCUGACGACGACAUGAGUUUAGGUCUCGUAUGGAUAAUGUUGGCACUCAGCUCAUUACUUCAUAUGCUUAUUGCUCUUUACGUAGAAGCGGUUUUUCCAGGAGAAUAUGGUGUACCACAAAAGUGGUACUAUUUCGUUACCAAGAAGUACUGGUUUGGUGACGAUGAAAUUUUGGAUAAUUCAAGCAUGUCUAAAGAAAAUUUUAGCGAAUUCAUUGAAGAAGAACCAAAAAAUCUCAACGUUGGUAUAAAAAUAUUCAAUCUUCGAAAAACGUUUGGUAAAAAAACAGCCGUUAGAGAUUUGUCACUUAAUAUAUAUGAGAAUCAGAUUACAGUAUUACUAGGACAUAACGGAGCUGGAAAAACUACAACUAUGUCAAUGUUAACAGGUAUGAUAACACCUAGUGAAGGCACUGCAAUUAUAAACGGAUGCGACAUAAGGACAAAUAUAGCUGGAGCUCGUGCCAGUUUGGGGCUUUGUCCACAACAUAACAUUAUCUUCGACGAAUUAACAGUUGCGGAACAUUUUUACUUUUUCAGUAAAUUGAAAGGAUUAUCAAAAAGUGAAAUUAACCAAGAGAUUGAUAAAUACGUUAAACUUUUGGAUUUAGAAUCGAAAAGAGAUGCUAAAUCUGCAACUUUAUCUGGAGGAAUGAAGAGGAAGUUGUGCGUAGGUGUGGCGUUGUGCGGCAACUCUAAAGUUGUCAUGCUGGACGAACCCACAGCUGGAAUGGAUCCAUCGGCAAGAAGAGUGCUAUGGGAAUUGUUACAAAAACAAAAAGAUGAUCGAACUAUUCUUCUGAGUACCCAUUUUAUGGAUGAAGCUGAUCUUCUUGGCGACAGAAUUGCUAUUAUGGCUGGAGGUGAACUACAAUGCUGCGGUUCUAGUUUUUUCCUUAAGAAGAAAUAUGGCGCCGGUUAUAGUUUGAUAAUGGAUAAAACGAGGGAGUGCAAUCCACAUCAAGUUACCGAAUUAUUAAAGAAAUUUAUUCCGGAUAUUGAAAUACAAAGCAACGUUGGUAGCGAAUUGACUUAUCUCCUGACAGAAAGUAAUGCACCUGUAUUUGAAGCAAUGUUAACACAAUUAGAACUGGAAUCGAAAAAAUUGGGAGUUCGGAGUUACGGCAUAUCACUUACGACCAUGGAGGAAGUAUUUAUGAAAGUUGGGGCUGAUCAUGGUCAAGAAGAAAUGUACGAUGAAAAAGAGAAUGGAAUGAAUCAAAAAAAGGCAUUAUCCUCCGAGGGAACGAUUCUCGUAGAUUCUGUGUCUUUACAACCAGUUUAUACGGGCGGUUUUGAUUUAGCAGUCAACCAAUUUUUGGCUAUGCUUCUAAAAAAAGUAAUCGGAACUUACAGAUCAUGGAUUUUGAUAACAAUAAUGAUAUUGUUUCCUGUUAUUAAUAUGAUAAUUGUUAUGACUAUACCAAAUUCUUCAAGUACAACUAUUCAGCCCGAGAUGCCACUCGAUUUAACCAGAUUCACCGACCCUGUAACUUUAGUUGAAUUUGACGAAAAUGAGUCUUCUUACAGUUACGUUGAUUGUUAUAAUGACGUUUUGAAACAAUAUGGAUUGUCAACGACUAAAAAAAAUAUAACAGACGAAAUGCUUUAUUUGACUAGAACGAAUCCCAACUUAGUUCGUCGGCGGUAUUUGGUGGGUGCAUCAUUCGAAGAGCAAAGCAUUCCAUCAAUCAAUGAACAUUAUCCCAAGAUUACAGCCUGGUUCAAUCAUGAUCCGUACCACACGCCCGGUAUAACCCUCAGUUUUGUGUUAUCUGCGCUAUACAAACACCAUACUAAUGUUACAGGUUAUCUCAAAUUUUCAAACAAACCGCUACCUUAUAAAGCUGAAACACAAUUAUCUAUGAUUGUAACAGGACAAUCUCAAGGAUUCCAAGUGGCGUUCAAUAUUGGUUUCAGCAUGGCGUUUGUGGCCUCAUAUUUUGUGAUAUUUGCGAUAAGAGAAAACGUAUCAAAGUCGAAACAUUUGCAGUUUGUAUCAGGAAUAAAAACUCAUAUAUUUUGGUUUGUUCAUUAUUUGUGUGACAUGAUAACUUAUAUAAUUAUCAUCGGAGCUCUAUUAAUUACAAUUGUGUGUUUCCAACAAGACGGAUUUAAAACGGUGGCUGAUAUGAGUCGAUUAUUUUUGAUUUUAUUACUUUUUGGCUUUAGUGUCAUUCCUCUUUAUUAUUUGGCUUCAUUGGUAUUUGUGGUUCCUUCAACUGGUUACACAAGAAUGACAAUGAUUGGAAUUUUUAUAGGAAACGCAGCAUUUUUAGUAGUACAAGUAUUAAAUUCACCUGGAUUAGAUUUAGAAUAUAUUGGAAAGGCAUUGGAUUGGGUAUUUUUAGUUUCUCCUAUAUAUUCGAUGACAUCCGCCAUCUUCGACAGCUACUUAAAAUAUUCUUACCUCAACAUUUGCGAUAAAUAUUACUUUCCAAUUUUACAACAAUGUAUUGAAAAAAAUCCCGUAGAAGAAUGUUUGGAAAAAUUGGGAGCUGACAUUGUAAAGAUUUGUUCGGACAUUAACGAUAAUUAUUUUGAGUGGCAAUCACCGGGUAUUGGAAGGAAUAUCGUAUUCACUUUAUUCACAUGCUUUUUUUGGAUACUACUACUUUUAAUCGUAGAAUAUAAAGUAUUCUCCAGAUUGAUCUAUUAUGUAAAUCAAAAAUUAUUUCCACGUCAUCCCAUUGAUAUACAAGACGAAGAUGACGAUGUUGCGAGAGAAAAAUUGAGGAUACACAACUUAACGGAUUCGCAAAUCGUCAAUAAUCAUUCUUUGGUAUUGAAAGAUUUAACAAAAUAUUAUAAGAAGUUUUUAGCUGUCAAUGGUCUAACAUUAGGUAUUGAAGGAUCCGAAUGUUUCGGUUUACUUGGUGUUAAUGGAGCUGGAAAAACAACUACAUUUAAAAUGAUGAGCGGAGAUGAAAACAUUUCAUAUGGAGAAGCAUGGAUUGGAGGUAAGAGCGUAAAAACAGAGUUAGAAGAAGUACACCGUAAAAUUGGUUACUGUCCUCAAUUCGAUGCAUUAUUGGAUGAUAUGACAGCUAAAGAGACUAUAAUCAUGUACUGUUUAUUGAGAGGUAUUGAAUUGAAGCGUGCAAAAAUGACAGCUGUAUAUUUGUCGAGGGAGUUUGAUUUCUUCAGACAUUUAGAUAAAAAAGUGAAAGAGAUGAGUGGUGGUAAUAAAAGGAAGCUUAGUACUGUUUUAUCCUUAAUUGGAGAUCCUCCUGUUAUAUUUUUGGAUGAACCCUCGGCAGGUAUGGACCCCGCGACUAAACGGUAUUUAUGGAACUCUCUCUGUAAAAUACGUGAUAGAGGUAAAUGUAUUGUUUUAACGUCGCAUAGUAUGGAAGAAUGCGAAGCUCUCUGUACCCGUAUAGCUAUUAUGGUAAACGGUAAUUUCAAGUGUCUCGGUUCUAUCCAACACCUCAAAAACAAAUUCGCCGAAGGAUACACGUUGACUAUUAAAGUUAAAAAACCACACGAAAGUUCGGGUUUACAUCACACCGAAACCGAACCUAUUGAAAGAUUCAUCAAAGAUCAUUUUCCUGGAGCUCAACUUAGAGAAAAACAUCAAGAACUUCUUACUUACUAUAUAACCGAUAAGUCGAUGGCGUGGUCUAAAAUGUUUGGUAUUUUGGAAAGAGGCAAAAGGGGGAAUUUAAAUUUAGAGGAUUAUUCAUUGGGGCAAAGUAGUCUUGAACAGGUCUUCUUGACAUUCACAAAACAUCAAAAACCAGAAGGCGAAUAGAAAAUUACAGGAGACACAUUUUUUUUCACUAUUUAACUUUAUUAUUUAUUUUCUUAUGUUUAACAAUAAUUAAAUUGAAUGCGUUAAUAAAUAAUUUAUUUAUAUUCUAA